AUGCGGAUACCAAUUAUAUUGCUUAUUAUAACUUAUAUAAUUGUUUCAAAUGCCCUAUUAUUACGAGUGAACGAAAUUGGAUUACACGAAGCGGCGAAUUUUACGAGACAAUGGUUAUCAAUGGCAGCUCCACAUUUGAAAAUACCAGAUAUUCGAGAAUCUUUUUAUAACAAUUUUGCGAGUGGUGAAAUGGCUGUUUCAAAUAUAACUUUGAAGAAAUUUGUUCCCCCAUUAAUUCGUUUCCGACCAUCAGAUCACACAUUUUUAUAUCUUUCUACACUGAGUGGUUAUGCGCAAAUGUCAGCUGAUUGGAAUGUUGAGUUUUUCCAAUGGAUUCCAAUUGCAUUGAGAGGAAAUAUUAAUGCACAAAUGACUGGUUUGAUAAGUGAAGUUGCAAUGAGAAUCAAUCCUGAUAACGAAGUUGAAGUUCAUAAUUGUGUUGCGCAAAUUCGAGAUCUUCGAGUUUCCUUUGCUGGAAGUAUGGCUGCUGAAGUCAUUCAUUGGUUUAGAGAUAGUAUAACUCGACAAAUUCGUCAUAAACUUGAAGAUGAAUAUUGUGAAAUGAUGAAAAAUCAUUUGCUGCCCUGGGUUGAAGCACAACUCUAUCAAUUCCCAACAAAUAUUUCGAUUAGUCAUUCACCAGAAGUCACAUUAAUCCAAACAAUGAGAUCAAUUUCAAUGGCUCAUCAAAAUGUUGAUUUCCAUAUGAGAAGUGAUAUUAUUUGGCAAGGUGAAUUAGUUGAAAGUAAUACUGUGAAAGAUUCAACUAUGGAAAAGAUUGGAAAUUUGACCAAAUCAAGUAGAAUGUUGGAUAUGUUUAUUGAAGAAAACACGGUGAAAAGUAUUAUUGCUGCCGCUCAUUUUUCAGAUCAUUUGAAGUGAGUUUUCAUACUGGAAAAUUCCCAGAAGCUACCAUUCAAAAUCUUUUUGGUCUCCAGAAUUUAAUAUACUGUUCCUGAACUCAUAAAAUUACAGAACUAAAAUUGAAUCCGACUUUUUGCGAACCGAAUGUGAAACGUUAUGCAUCGGCACAGUGUUCCCUGAACUUGCCGUUCAAACACCAAAUCGAUCUUUAUACGUAGAAGCCUCCACUUUAUCUCCACCGGUUAUUGAUUUACAAGAAGGUAAAGCGUUGGUAUAUUUGAAUGCUUCAAUGAAUGUGAGUUCUGACUUACAUAUUUUCUAACUAACUGAAUUUGAAAAGUUUUAGGUUUUUGCAAACCCGCCUUUGGACAACAUUGAGGGAAGUAUUGUGACAAUUCAACUUGAAACUGAAUUUAUGCUGAAAAUAGAAAUGCAAAAUAGAAAAGUGAAAGGAUUUGUGAAUAUGAUCAAUACUCAAGCAAAUCUAGUUGAUAGUAAAGUUGGUUUGAUGUCCCAAAAAGUUAGUUACCUAAAUUGAAAAUUCAAAGUUCGUUAACAAUAUUUUGUUUAGACAGUUGAUCUAUUUGUGAAUAUGUCAACUCCAAUUCUCGAAGAUGCAAUUGAUGUUAUAAUUGGACGUGGUUUGACAGUCGCCGAUCCUUUCCAAUUCCCAUCAAUGAAUGAGAAUUUAAGUAUACAUGAAAAAUGUAUUCGAUGGGAAGCUGAUAUUGUUAUGCAGACUUUGUUAGCACACACAAAGAUUUUCUAA